GGAGACAUCGCUUUACUGGUCUUGCAGACGACCGCGACCCCUCUUGGCCGAUGUCCUUGGCAGGCUUCGACUCCACCACCACCACCAUGUCUUGACAUCAUUUACUCGCGCCGAUCGCCCUAUAUACCUCAUGAUUGACACGAUAUCCCCCCUACCGCCCCGCCAACCCAUGGACUUCCUCAAGCAAUUCGCCUCCGAAUCGACGAGCUCGUCCCAGCCCGGGACCAUGUCCGGCGCCAACUCCGUCGCCCGCCCGCACGACACCGACACCACCACCUCAUCGCACUCUUCGUCCGGGGGACUGAUGGGCAAGCUGAACAGCGCGCUCGGCGGCGGCGCGCAGGGAGAGAAGAAAGAAGACGCACUCGACAAGGGCGUCGACUGGGUGCAGGAACACAUCCUUGGCCAAGGCAACCAGUCCAACGAGUCCGCGCUUGAACAGGCAAAGGAUGAGCAGAUCUCGGAUGCGAUUCGACGUGGGUUCAAGACCGCCACGGGGCACGACAUUCCUGUGAAGGAUAAGUCUUGAGCGGACGAAUCGUUCGCAGGUGGCGUUACCACUUGAUCGUGGAUUGUCCUCGGUCGCAUGCAUACAUUGUGUAGGACGGUGAUGCCUUGGACUUGUAAAGGGCGAUACCGACGGCAGGUAGAGCGAACAUUUGUAUUGUACGUUGGCAUGGGCAUAUGCUCUCAGAGCACAGCAACGAUAUAAAUCAUCUUGCGCUGGACAGAGCGAGACAGCGCGAUCC